CACAGGGCUAGCUGGAGGUCUACCGGUCGGUCCGUCUCCCAAGGCUCAGGCUGGCUAUUUGAUUGAUAGGAUUCAUCUGACGCCCCGCCCCUUGGUCAGCAGCUGUUAUCGGCGGUCUUGACGAGCGAUUCAAUUCAGCCUCGUCAGCCCAGUCUUGCCUCCUUACCUCUGCAUAACCUUGCCCUAUCUCUCGGCAACUUAUCGACGCGUCUUGCGGUCGGCAUGGAGUGAUUUCCUAGCCGGCCCUUAAGGCGUACCGAUGUACCUGCAGCCAUGCCCGUAAAGUCGACCCGCUUCCGUAACAAGAAGAUCAAUUACAAGCAAAAGCUUGCCAUCUUGACUGGCUCGCUUGAUGUCCCGCUUGAUGAGAUCAGCAAUGACCCUUCGCUGUCGGAAGAGCCAGGUCGGAACCAUCCGACCGAGGUCGAAAAGCUGUUAGGUGGUGAGAAGGGUCCAGGCCAUGUCGAGACAGGCGUCGACAAAGAGGAGGAGUCAGAACAUCAUCUUCAACAAGUGAUCAAUGCCAAUCUCGCCUCUUUCAAUCGCUCCUCUCGAGCGACAGCAGGAGCGCCGGGCAGUCCCGGCAAGGCCGCGUUGACCGCGCAUAUCCCAACGCCAGACGCGACAGGCUCGAUCAGUCAGAUCGAAUAUGAUAAGGUCUAUCUGCCCAACUCGUUCACCUUGCCGAGUACAUAUAUCAGGAGCUCAGAGACGGUCGAAGACUGCAUUGGCAUUGGCUAUUGCAUGGACGAAGAGGAUGAGGACUGGCUGGUCGAGUACAACGCCACGAUCGAAGGCAAUGCUUCGGUCCCACCGGAGCCUGAAGCUCUUGGCCGAGGCAAUCGAUCAGCUUCGAAAGCAAAGGGCAAGGACCGUGACGUUGACGCACCACUGGACGCACCCAUCAGCGAAGAUGAUUUCGAACUUGUCAUGGACCAAUUCGAACGCAUCACAGAGGAGAAAGAGCCAAUGCUUCGCACUGACCUUUCUCGGAUACCCACCCGAGCGGAUCUAGAGGCGACAUUUGUGGUCUCGCCUCUCUAUCCGCGAUUAGCAUUAGUGAAGCCCUUCGCGAGGUCAAUCUACCCACAUUGGAGGGAUAGACGGACAAAGCGAGAUGGCAAGAUGAUCAUCCCGUCUCUCGAUUUCGACGAGACCGACGAGGAAAACCCAUAUGUCUGCUUCCGGCGGCGAGAGAUCAAGCUGCCCCGCAAGACUCGCCGAGCAGAGACGCAUUAUGUCGAGCGUCUUGUCAGGCUGCGAACCGAUCUUACUGCUGCACGAGAGCUUGUGCUUCGUGUACUCGAGCGAGAACGGAUCAAGAAGGAUUCCCUCGAAGCAGAAUCAAAGGUCUUCGAGAUUCGAUGUACCAUGCGAGAGCUCAAACGGCGGACUGGCGAAUACGAGGGCGAUGAAGACAUCCUCAUCAGUAAGCGGGACAAGCGUCGCAAAGAAGCUGCGCUCGCUGCCGGAGCCCAAGGGUCGUUGCGAGUACCUCUGCGGUUACCCCGGGCAGACGCCAACCCUGCACCGACAGCUGCGCUCGCGGAGCCCAUGUCAGUCUACAAGGAACGCGCGGCCGCGAUGGCACAGCGCAUCGAGCGCGAUCUGCAACGAAAGCGCGAGGCCGAUGCCGCAUGGGAAGACUGGACGGACGGUGCCUUUGUGCCUCGCCCGCUUAAUACGCCAGCGAAGCAUUGGCGAGCUGCAGAGAGCGUCAUGCUCCCUAGCGGUCCGGAAGGGCAAGCGCCAGGUCAAGUGCGCGCCUUUGCACAUCAUUUCCAGCCCGUCAUCAACAACGUCCGACAGAGCUUCAGGCGACGAGUCGGUCGAGGUGGUAGGAUACUUGUGGAUCGGUUGGCCAUGUCAGAACGCCGUGCGAAUCGCUCUCGGCCCUUCCCCUUGGCUUCUGACGACGAGAUGGACAAGGACGCGAUAGCACGGCUGGCAGAGAAGUGGCGUUACGAUUCCGACGUUGGCAACGAUUUGCCCUUUGCGGACGAUCCGAUGAUCAUCGAUGACUAUGAGCUACAGUAUUCACACGCACGCCUAGGCUUAUUACGACCCGGCGAUGCAGAGUCUUUGCAGCCCAACCCGAUAUACCUCGAGCACGCAGAGAACUGGCUCUUGCGCGAGCCUGAGAAGCUCGGCCCUCUGCAAGUCGUCGGAAGAUUGCCAAUACGAGCGAUGACGCAUCCGCCUGCUGGUGCAUCGCUGACGACCGCUCAACAGCAACAGCAAUUGCUAGCGACGCCAAAUCAGUCCGCAGUCGUCAGCCAGAUGAUGGCUGCAGCUGCCAAUCACGCCGCGGCGAGCCAAGCGCAGCUUCGGAACCGUGCAAAUGCAAACGCACAAGCGCAAGCUCAGCAGCAGGCGCUCGCCAAUCAGCGGAGAGCGCCGAACGGUUCGCCCUUACCUGUCGCUGCAAACGUUCCAGGCCCAGCCUCGGGGCUGGCGGGCUUGCAACAAUGGCAGAACAUGAACGGCAUCAUUGGCUCUCAAGUGCCGACGGCAGCACAGGCGCAGCAAUUCGCAGCGUUGCAAAAUGGCCUGCAAUACGCUCAGAGGAUACCUGCCAACGGGCAAGCACAGCAAGUCAUUGCGUCGCCAACAGUAGGCGCAAACGGUCUGCCGGCGACAUCUAGGCUGUCUGCACCGCCAUACUCGGGUGCUCCACCGACGGCUACAUCGCCUGCAACACAUGGUCUCGCCAAUGGCUUAGCCGUACAGCGUCCACCAUCGCAGAAUGGCCAGUAUAACGGCAACGGACAAGCCGGAUCGCCGCGCAUCGCGGCCAACGGCACGCCUUUCACACUACCUGCUGGCUCGCCGAACGUGCAGCAGAAGACGCUCGCACAAGCUGGAGCGCCCAAUUUGCGGCGAGUCGGCGCCCAGUAAACGAACUUGGACACGGACACCGAAUCGCAAGAAUCGAUGAGUAAGACGCGAACCACCACUGAAGAAGUAAGAGCAUGCCAAGUCGCAGUGCGCGAUUGGUUCUGUAUGUACAAUGUGUACGAAAGUCUAUUGCAUCAAAAAGGUGUAGCGAC